AAAUGAAACCCUAGAAACUGAGUAUAUAAUGACCACGACCCCUUCGAUUGAGCAAAGAGCGAGUAAAAGAUGCAGAUAUUCGUGAAAACCCUAACCGGGAAAACCAUUACUCUCGAGGUCGAGAGCAGCGAUACCAUCGACAAUGUCAAGGCUAAGAUCCAAGACAAAGAAGGUAUUCCUCCAGACCAGCAGCGUUUGAUUUUUGCCGGAAAGCAGCUUGAGGAUGGCCGCACAUUGGCCGAUUACAACAUCCAAAAAGAAUCUACCCUUCAUCUUGUGUUGAGGCUUAGAGGUGGGAUUAUAGAGCCUUCUUUAAUGGCUUUGGCUCGAAAGUACAAUCAGGAGAAAAUGAUUUGCAGGAAAUGUUAUGCUCGUUUGCAUCCAAGAGCUGUAAACUGCCGAAAGAAGAAGUGUGGUCAUAGCAAUCAGCUGAGGCCCAAGAAGAAGAUCAAGUAGAUUACAAUCGGCUCUGGCUUUCAAGACGACAUUUUUACAUAUAUUACUAGUGUUCUCCAUGCCCCAUUUGCUAUUAAGUUGCACUGUAGAUUUGGAUUUAAUUUGCAUUGAAGUUGCACUGAAACUAUUUGCUUUUAAAAUUGAAUGCAAUAGACUUUCGAAAAAGUUUUGUAAAUAAUUUUGUUUCGUGAAGUAGGUCCCAACGAAGAUUAAAGGAAAUGUAAGAUAUAUGAAAGAAUGAAAAUGGUAAUGCUUACACGUAUUGGAAGUUA